CUGCAGGUGGGCGACCCCAGCACCCCCAACGACGAGGGCAUCACGGCGCUGCACAACGCCGUCUGCGCCGGCCACACCGAGAUCGUCAGGUUCCUGGUCCAGUUCGGGGUCAACGCCAACGCCGCCGACAGCGACGGGUGGACUCCGCUGCACUGCGCCGCCUCCUGUAACAACGUGCAGGUGUGUAAGUUCCUGGUGGAGUCGGGCGCGGCGGUGUUCGCCACCACGCACAGCGACAUGCAGACGGCCGCCGACAAGUGUGAGGAGAUGGAGGACGGGUACGCCCAGUGCUCCCAGUUCCUCUACGGUGAGACUGGAGACCCGACCCGGGACCCGGGACCCGGGACCCGGGCUCGGUCCCAG